AUGUCUUCUGAUUCCGGCUUCACUCUCACCGUGCUAGGUUGCGGUACUAUGGGCAUCGCUAUUGCCAACGGCGUCCUCACCUCACUGGACGCGGGCGUCACAGCUGGCGAGGACGUCCCCGCAUCGCUACCCUCUCAGUUCAUUGCCUGCGUGCGUAGUGAAAAGAGCGCUGAGCGCAUCAAGACCGCGCUAGCCGCUCACUCCUCGCGUGUUGAGGUCGUUCGCAAUGACAACGUCGCCGCUGUACGCAAGGCGCGAGUCGUCCUGCUCGCCUGCAAGCCCUACAUGGUCAAGGAUGUGCUUGGCGUGGCUGGCAUGGCCGACGCCCUACAGGGUAAACUGCUCGUCUCCGUCUGCGCGGGCAUCACCUCCGAGGCCAUGGAGGAGGCCGUCUACGGCAGCACGGCGCCUGCCGGCAGCUCCGAGGCCGCUGGUCGCUGCCGUUGCAUUCGUGCCAUGUGCAACACAGCCGCGCUCAUCCGCGAGUCCAUGACCGUCAUCGGCAUCUCAAACCCGCCACUCGCGGACGCUGACAACGCCCUCAUCACCUGGAUCUUCAAGCAGAUUGGCGACGUCGUCUUCCUGCCCGCCAACAACAUGGACGCUUCGACCGCCCUCGCUGGUUCCGGUCCCGCCAUGUUCCUCCUCAUGCUCGAGGCCGCCACCGACGGCGCCGUCGCCAUGGGCAUCCCCCGCGCCGAGGCCCGCCGCAUGGCCGCCCAGACCAUGCGCGGCGCCACCGGCCUCGUCCAGAGUGGCGAGCACCCCGCCGUGCUCCGCGAGAACGUCUGCACCCCCGGUGGCUGCACCAUCGGCGGUCUACUCGUCCUCGAGGACGGCGGCGCGCGCGGAACCAUCUCCCGCGCCAUCAGGGAGGCGACCGUCGUGGCCAGCCAGCUUGGUAAGGGUGUUCAGAAUGUCAACGGUACUCGCCCGUACUUGCAGUAG